CCUACCGUUUCUCCGUCCCUCGGCAGUGCGUAAAAGCCAAACCGGACCCUUCCCUUACCAUCUCCAAAACGGACAGCUCUCCAACCCCGGCCGAAACAGAGACUCCGGGGCACAAACACUACUUUCUCUCCUGUAUGACAGUUUUUAAAGCGAGGAGCAGCAAAGCAUCAUGGAUGUGUUUAAGAGCCGUUUUUUGGGGAUCGCCGUGGCCGUUGCGCACGGCUUUUUCUCCGGCUCCCUGAAUAUUUUGCUCAAGUUUCUCAUCAGUAAUUAUAACUUCAACUUCCUGACGCUCAUCCAGCUGCUGACCAGCAGCACGGCGGCGUUCACCCUGGAGGUGCUGAGGCGGCUGGGGUGGGUCAAAGUCCCGCCGUUCAGCGUGCAGCUAUCCAAGGAGUUCGGCCCAGUUUGUAUCCUCUCCACGCUACAAUCCACUCUCACUCUGUGGUCUCUGCGCGGCCUCAGCUUGCCCAUGUACGUCGUGUUCAAACGCUGCCUGCCGCUCUUCACCCUCAGCAUCGGCAUGUGCGUGCUGAGGAACGGCGUGCCGUCCCCCGGCGUAGUGACCGCUGUCGUCAUCACCACCGGUGGAGCUGCGCUGGCCGGUGCUGGGGAUCUGACCGGCGAUCCCUUCGGUUACGUCACCGGCGUGUUGGCGGUCAUCAUCCACGCAUCUUACCUGGUCGUGAUCCAGAAAACCUGUCAUGACAGCGAGUACGGGGCGCUCACGGCACAGUAUGCCAUCGCCGUCAUGGCAACGCCGGUGCUCCUGGUGUGCUCCAUCAUCUCCCUGGACGCCGUCAACAUGUGGACGUACGAGGGCUGGCAGAACCCGCACAUCACGGUUGUCUUCGUCAUCUGCGUCUUCAUCGGCUGCGCCAUGAACUUCACCACGCUGCACUGCACCUACAUCAACUCGGCCGUCACCACCAGCUUCGUCGGCGUUGUCAAGAGCAUCGCCACCAUCACUGUUGGCAUGCUGGCGUUCAGCGACGUUGCGCCCACGCGCCUCUUCAUCGGCGGCGUCGUGGUCAACACCAUCGGUUCCAUCACCUACUGCAUUGUCAAGUAUUUUGAGACGAAGAAGAAGAGCCUGUACGAGGACUUGGAGGAGGCCGCCAAGGACGGAGCGUUGCCGGGCGAACCGCACACGGAGAAACCACCUCUGGACGGUGAUGGGCCAGCAGCGGGGAUCGGAUCCGACCCCGAACGCCCGGAGAUAGAGGGAACGUUGAUCAGCGACAGGAAGGAGGAUGAGAAGGAAACCUACAGCUGUCCUCGGUGCAGGAAGACUUUCACACCGAGGCCUGUCCUGCUGAAAAGCACCAUGUUAGCAGAUUUAGUGGAGGAGCGGAAGACUGGACUCCAAGCUGCUUCUGCUGUUCACUGCUAUGCUGGAGCUGAAGAUGUGGCCUGUGAUGUCUGCACCGGGAGGAAACUCAAAGCACACAAGUCCUGUCUUGUCUGUCUGGCUUCUUACUGUGAGACACACCUUCAUCCUCAUUAUGAAUCAGAGACAUUCAAGAAACACAAGCUGGUGGAGCCGUCUAUGAAGCUCCAGGAGAACUUCUGCUCUCCUCAUCAUGAGGUGAUGAAGAUGUUCUGCCGUACUGAUCAGCAGCUUAUCUGUACUCUUUGCUUUGUGGAGGAACAUAAAGGCCACGACACAGUCUCAGCUGCAUCAGAGAGAUUUGAGAGGCAGAGAGAGCUCGAGGGGAGUCAACUCAACAUCCAGCAGAGAAUCCAGGACAGAGAGAAAGAUGUGAAGAUGCUUCAACAGCAGGCGGAGGACAUCACUCUCUCUGCUGAUAAAGCAGUCGAGGACAGCGAGAAGAUCUUCACUGAGCUGAUCUGUCUCUUGGAGAAAAGAAGCUCUGAUGUGAAGCAGCAGGUCAGAGCCAGGCAGGAAAGUGAACUGAGUCGAGUCCGAGAGCUUCAGGAGAAGCUGGAGCAGGAGAUCACUGGGCUGAAGAGGAAAGACGCUGAGCUGAAGAAGCUCUCAAACACAGAGGAUCACAACCAGUUUUUUGACAACUACCCCUUACUGGCACCACUCAGCCAAUCAGCAUCCAGCAUUCAGAUCCGUCCUCUGAACUGCUUUGAGGACGUGACAGCGGCCGUGUCAGAGCUCAGAGAUAAACUACAGGAAGUUCUGAGAGAGAAGAGGACAAAUGUCUCACUGACAGGGACUGCAGUGGACGUAUUACUGCCACAAGAAGAACCCAAGACCAGAGCUGGAUUCUUACAAUAUUCAUGUGAAAUCAAACUGGAUCCAAACACAGCAUACACAGAGCUGGUAUUAUCUGAGGGGAACAGGAAAGCAAUGUUAAUGUAUCAACAACAGUCUUAUUCUAGUCACCCAGACAGAUUCACUGACUGGUAUCAGGUCUUGAGUAGAGAGAGUCUGACUGGACGUUGUUACUGGGAGGUGGAAGGAGAAGUUUCUGAAGCAGUCGCAUACAAGAAUAUCAGCAGAGCGGGGGAGUCGUGUGAAUGUGGAUUUGGACUAAAUGACAAAUCUUGGGCGUUAGAAUGUAACAACAACAGAUAUGAAUUUUGGUCCAACAAUGUCCAAACUCCCGUCUCCGGUCCUGGGUCCUCCAGAGUAGGAGUGUACCUGGAUCACAGUGCAGGUAUUCUGUCCUUCUACAGCGUCUCUGAAACUAUGACUCUCCUCCACAGAGUCCAGACCACAUUCACUCAGCCGCUCUAUGCUGGACUAAGAUUCGAUUGGUCUGGAGACUCUGCUGAGUUGUGUAAAGUGAAAUAGGCAGAAGUCACUUAAGAGUUAAAUUAUCAGAUUCUGAGAACUCUUUAUCUUAUUUAGUU